AUGAUCCCAUCACAUUCCCCCUCUUCUGGCCCGGCUGCCGCCGAGUCGGCGCCGAUUGCUCCAACAAACACUACUCCACUGGGCAAGCGCCGAGAGACGUCUACCUCGCCACGGACCACUGCUCAGGCUCAGCAAUCGCAAACACCUGCAACUCCGGCUCAGCCCAAUCCAGUACCUUCUGCGUCCAACACAUCGGUUGAUCGAGAGGUUGCCUCCCCAAAGAGACUGCGCGCUCCUCAGCCCGCCCUUAAGGUCAUGCCGGCUCGCUACGAAGACUGCAACGUCAAAGAUCUCAUCGUACUUAUUUCCAAUAUGCUAAUGGAGCUUGUUCGGUAUAAUGAUACCAUUCCACUCAGCAAUGGCGGCCUGACGCGCUUCCACUCCAGAGCUCCUCCUGGCAUUUCCAUUCCAGACUACCUCGCUCGUCUCACAACGCAUGCCACUCUCAGUCCGCCCAUCCUGCUCAGCAUGGUCUACUACAUCGAUCGCUUGUGCGCUCUCUAUCCGGCCUUCAACAUCUCCUCGUUGACGGUUCACCGAUUUCUCAUCACUGCUGCCACUGUGGCUUCCAAGGGUCUCUCGGACGCGUUUUGGACAAACAAUACAUAUGCACGAGUAGGCGGUGUCAGUCUUCGCGAAUUAGCCUUGCUCGAGCUCGAGUUUCUCUGGCGUGUUGAGUGGCGCAUUGUACCAAAGCCUGAGGUUCUGGUCGAUUAUUAUCGCAGCCUCGUGCAGCGUAGUGAGGGAUUUACAAUUGAAGAUGCAAUGGAGACAAAUGGCGACGCUGCUGCUCCUGAGCCCUGA